ACUUCUGCAAGGUAAACCAGCUUCUUACUUUCCAAUCAACACCCAUCAGCUGCCACACGCCUGCCACCGACUGCCAACCCCAGGCCAUCAAUACCACCACGCAGCUCCUCCUCCUGCAGACCAUUUUCCCCGCGUUCUGCUCAGAGCCACCCGAACCCCAGUCUCUCACGCCUAAACAAUCUGCAACUUCGUCCACGUUGUCUUGACCAUUGGGGCUUUCUCCGGCACAAUAACCUCGUAGCUCCUCUGCUCGCGUGUUACCUCGAGUCCUUGUUCUUUGUCGGACCUCUCCAAAAUUCAACAAACCAACUGUAUCGACCAAUACAAGUCUCUUUCGACAGAUAUUGUUCUCAGCCAGCCUCUGCUCUGAGCUUCUUUGUAUUUCCAGCUCAAAGACCCCGGGAUUUGGCGAUAAUGCUCGCCCGUCGGCUACUACCCCUCUCUUCCUCCGCCCAAACUCCCUCGUUGUUGCGCGCCUUCACUACUACCUCCCUAUUACGAGACCCUCCUCGCAGCCCUGCAUUGAGCGAUCUGACUUCCGACGGAGCGGACGCUUUCAAUACCAAACAGAAGGAAUUCCGAGAUGGACUUGAGGCUGCCCGGAAGAGAAAAGAACAAGCUGACAGUCAGUUCCUUGAUGCUUCUACCUCUUCUUCUGAUAGAUCCCCAAGUCUUACUGCUGCUGCAUCCCGCGUGUCUGAAACCUUGGGCUUGGGCUCACUAUCUACCGCACCCUCUACAGAAGAAGCAAGACAAGCCGAAACCGACACCACCACAAAGCGAACCGGCACUCUCUCUAGCCUCAUCUAUGGCACCCCCGAAGGCCAAAACCUAGACAAAGAGAUGGAAAGGUCGUUCUCACAGGUGUUGGCUAGGGGCAAAUACGUCCAUUCGAUCGUCUUUCACGAUGUCAAACCGGACAAGGUCGAUGACUACGUAGAGUUGGUGGGCAAUUGGUACCCGAGGAUGGCAAAUGACCCGGAGAACAAGGUCCAUUUGGUAGGAAGUUGGAGAACAGAAGUGGGGGACUGUGAAACUUUUGUUCACAUCUGGGAAUACCAGCGAUACACGGGAUACCAUGCCUCGCUGCACAGCAUCGCACACCACCCCGAAUUUCCCGCCUUCGAGAAGAAAUUGCAGACUUUGAUUACAUCCAAGAAAAUCUCACUAAUGCAGGAAUUCUCAUUUUGGCCGACCACCCCCCCUCGAAAACUUGGUGGCUUGUUUGAAUUACGAUCAUACACCCUUCACCCUGGAAAUCUAUUGGAAUGGGAGACGCAUUGGCGGAAAGGACUCAAAGCACGCCGAGAAGUCAUGGAAGGCGUCGGCGCUUGGUUCGUGCAGAUUGGAGAUCUGAACACUGUGCACCAUCUAUGGCAAUUUGCCGACCUGGAGGAGCGGAAAUUGAGACGAGAAAUGUCGUGGGGCAUCGAAGGAUGGGGUGACACUGUGCACAAGACAGUGCCAUUGAUCCAGAGCAUGAAAAGCAAGAUCCUAAUUCCCAUGCCGUGGAGUCCUGUGGGUUAAACCAUUCUGGAGGGAAGUGAGUGGGUGAGAGAUUGAAUCUUGGGCAAGAGGGGACGUGAUGAAGGAGGGCCAAACACUGAGGAGGACCAUGGUGUUGGAAGACGUGUUUUCAACCAGAGUCAAGCAAAAGUGUCAAGCUACCGCUCUGCUCAGCAGGCCUCUAGGUCUGCCAGAUAGAUAUCCAGUCGUCUUGAGGCGGACUGAUGGAUCAAAUCCAAAGCCUCACAUAUGAUAGCAACCCACAAUGGAACACAGUUGCGGCAAGGCGGU